AUGCCGCCAGCACAACCCAAGAAGCCGGACGUGUCGGCGGCCGCCAAAGAACGCAACGAAUACAUUCCCGCCUUCAUCGCGAAGAAACCCUUCUACGCCGUCGACGAUACAGGCUCGGAUAACGAUUAUCUCGAGCACCAGCGUUUAGUAAAGGAACAGGAAGAGUCGAAAUGGUACGAUCGAGGGAAGAAAGUUGCGCCUGCAGCGACCAAGUAUCGGAAAGGCGCUUGCGAGAACUGUGGCGCCAUGACACAUAAGAGGAAGGACUGUCUCAGUCGACCGCGCAAAGCAGGCGCGAAAUGGACGGGAAAGAAUAUUGAAGCGGACGAGGUGGUACAGGAGGUUAAGUUGGGAUGGGACGCAAAGCGCGACCGGUGGAAUGGAUAUGAUGCGGAGGACUACAAUGCGGUGAUUGAGGAGUAUAAUCAGCUGGAGGAGCUUAAGAAGAAGCAAAGGCAGGAAAAGGGAGAAGUAGAAGGGGAGCAGGAUGGGGACGAAGGGGAUGAGGGAGACAAGUACGAUGCGGAGACAGACAUGGGAAGAAAGCAGGCUACGUCGACAAGAAACCUGCGAUUACGAGAAGACACGGCCAAAUAUCUGCUGAAUUUAGACCUCGAAUCCGCUAAAUACGAUCCUAAAACGCGGUCAAUGGUGGACAGCGGCGCCACUGCCGACAAUGCGGCUGCCCUGGUAGCAGAGGAGGGCUUCAUGAGAGCUUCCGGGGAUGCUGCAGAAUUUGAGAAAGCACAGCGCUAUGCAUGGGAAACACAGGAACGAGGAGAUAAGAAUAAGAUCCAUCUCCAGGCCAAUCCGACGUCGGGCGAAUAUUUCCGGAAAAAGGAGCUCCAGGAGGCCGAGCAGAAGAAGGCUGCGCAGCGGAAAGCGCUGCUCGAGAAAUAUGGCGAACAGAAGCAGUUCAAUGAUGAGAAACUUAAGAAGGCGGUGGCAACAACGGAAUCAGAACGCUACGUGGAGUAUGACGAAAGGGGCAGGAUCAAGGGUGCGCCCAAGGUCAAGGCGAAGUCCAAAUACGCCGAGGACGUGCUCAUCAACAAUCAUACAUCGGUCUGGGGUAGUUGGUGGUCCAACUUCCAAUGGGGCUACGCUUGCUGUCACUCGACAGUCAAGAACUCGUACUGUACCGGCGAGGCAGGCAAGGCAGCAUUCGAGCAAGCCGACCGGCUACGGAUGGGAACCGACCUGGCGGAAGUACCCAAAGAAGUGGCAUGGAAAGAGGAGGAGGCUCUCCAGGAGCACGUUCCCAAUGCGGUCGACAGCGAACAGAAGGCGAAGCAAGAUGCCGCGGCACGGAAGCGCACGCGAGAAGAAAUGACCAGUGGUGUCACCGAGGAAGAGAUGGAGGAGUACAGACGGAAGCGGACCAUGGCGAGCGACCCAAUGGCGGCCUAUCUAAGCAAAAACGAGGCUCAUGCAAUGUGGAAUGACAUGGAGUUUCUGAAUGUUUUUGAUGUGUUGUCCUACAUGAUCGCUUCCCCGGCCCAACGACAGGCGCGCCCUCUAUCUAAACAUCUCAACAGCUUUCCCUUCUCCUCUGCGCGCAUCCUAGAGCCCUUUUGUCUGCACCUCCUCCUCCCAUCGCCCUCACCUAUCCUGCGAGCCCCUGAACCGCAACUCUUCCCGCAACGUGGGACUCCUCCCCCCGCCGAGGCAGCGACCAUGGCUCACUACGGAAGCUCGAGAAAUGUGGAUAUGGGAAAGCAGGAGCAAGAACUCGCUAUCAACAUUCGCAAGGCGACAAGCAUUGGUGAGAUCGACUUCCCCAGGAAACAUGUCCGAAGCUGCAUUGUAUACACAUGGGACCAUAAGAGUUCACAGUCCUUCUGGUCGGGCAUGAAAGUACAGCCGAUCCUUGCCGACGAAGUCCAGACGUUCAAAGCGCUCAUCACAAUCCACAAAGUCUUACAAGAAGGGCACCCCAUCGUCCUAAGAGAGGCACAAGCUCAUACAUCAUGGCUCGACAGUUUGAGUCGCGGUGUUCCGGGGGGCGAGGGUAUCCGAGGCUACGCCCCCCUAAUCAGUGAAUACAUCCGCUUCUUGCUCGCGAAGCUGGCUUUCCACCGUCAACAUCCGGAAUUCAACGGGACGUUCGAGUAUGAGGAAUACAUUAGUUUGAAAUCCAUCAAUGACCCGAACGAAGGAUAUGAGACCAUUACCGACUUGAUGGUUCUGCAAGACCAGAUAGACGCGUUCCAAAAGCUUAUCUUCUCGCAUUUUCGAAGCGGCACUAACAACGAGUGCCGGAUAUCUGCAUUGGUACCCCUGGUUCAGGAGAGCUAUGGCAUCUAUAAGUUUAUCACAAGCAUGUUGCGUGCCAUGCAUACCACACUUGGCGAUGAUGAGGCUCUAUCGCCAUUACGAGGCCGAUACGACGCUCAACACUAUCGUUUGGUCAAGUUCUACUACGAAUGCUCUAAUCUACGUUACCUGACCAGCCUAAUUACGGUACCCAAGCUACCUCAAGAUCCACCUAAUCUGCUCUCUGAAGAUGACGAAAGGGGGCCGGCCUUGCCCGCCCGGCCAAAGAAUGAGGAACCCGCAACAACGCCUGCGCCCGCACCACGUGCCCCCUCCGUUGACCCAGAGCCGAUUAACGAGUUCUGGAAGAACGAUCAGAGGCGGCAGCAGGAAGAGUACGAAGCCGAGCAACGAAGGCUGCAAGAGCAAUGGGAAGCAGCCCAACGGCAGCAGCAGCAAGCCGCCUUGGACGCGCAGAGACAGUUUGAAGAACAGCAGAGGCUUCAAGCCGAGCAGGCCCGUUUGGCUCAAGAGCAGCUGCUUCGAGAGCAAUAUCAGCAACAGACUCAAGGCCGUCUCGCGGAGCUGGAGCGCGAAAACCUCAAUGCUCGAGCCCAGUAUGAGCGCGACCAGCUGAUGCUGCAGCAGUAUGACCAAAGGAUGAAGGCUCUGGAGACGGAGAUAGCGCAAAUGAACUCCAAUUAUCAGCAACAGAUUACCUCGCGAGAUGAUCAGAUCAAGGCUCUCCAGGAGCAGCUCAACACUUGGAGAUCAAAGUACGAGUCGCUGGCGAAGUUAUACUCGCAACUGCGACAUGAGCAUUUGCAGCUUUUACAGAAGUUUAAGAAUGUUCAGCAUAAAGCAGCAUCAGCACAAGAGGCUAUUGAUGCUCGGGACAAGUUGCAGCGGGAGCUGAAGACGAAGAACCUGGAGUUGGCAGACAUGAUCCGUGAGCGUGAUCGCGCUCUACUUGAGAAGGAUCGGACAACAGGCGGCCACCGUGAAGAGGUUGAGAAGCUCAAACGGGAGCUGCGCUUUGCCCUGGAGAAGGCGGAAAAUGUGGAGAAGAGUAAAGGUUCCGAACUUUCAGCUAUGCUUGCGAGGCAUAAUCGGGAAAUUGCCGAUCUUGAGGAGGCCCUCCGUAACAAGACUCGUGCCCUUGAUGAGAUGCAGAUGAAGUACAGGGAGGGAGAUGCUGAUCUGGAGCGGCAGCUGCGUGAGAAGGAAGAAGAGCUGGAGAUAUUCAGGGCGGGCAUGGACCAGACGCUCCUCGAGUUGAAUGAGCUGAAGCUCAACCAGAGCGCGAAUGACAGCGCCAUCGACGGUCACUUGGAUUCCUUCAUACAAGAAAAUCUCGAGAAGAUCAACAGCAUUAUUGACUCUGUGCUGCAGAGCGGAGUGCAACGUGUGGAUGACGCACUGUACGAGCUCGAUUCGUCCAUGCAGGCCGGUAACCAGAACGCAUCCGGAGCAUAUGUGCUUUCUCAGAUCGAGAAAGCCCAGACUUGCUCAAUGGACUUCGCGACGGCGUUCAAUGCCUUCGUUGCCGACGGUCCUAACGCCACGCACUCGGAGAUCAUCAAGACUGUCAACGCCUUCGCUGGCUCCAUCGCCGACGUCCUUAGCAAUACCAAGGGUCUCACGCGUUUUGCCUCCGAUGACAACAAGGCAGAUCAACUUAUCAACGCAGCGAGAGCAUCCGCCAUGGCCACCGUCAAGUUCUUCCGCAACGUCCAGUCUGUGCGGAUAUACGACCUCGACCAGGACGCAAAGAUCAAUGUGGUGGUCAACCACAACGCCGAGGUGCUGCGCAAUCUCCAGAAUCUCUCCAAACUGGCCGAUGCCUUUGCCCCCAAGAGCAAGAUCACCAACGCCCAAGGCGAUCUCGGCGAGCUGGUUGACAACGAAUUGACCAAGGCCGCCAACGCCAUCGAGGCUGCCACGGAGCGCCUCAACAAGUUAAUGAAGAAGCCUAGGGAUCACUACUCUACUUACGAGCUCAGCGUUCACGACUCUAUCCUGCAGGCUGCAAUUGCUGUCACCAACGCUAUCGCUCAGCUGAUCAAGGCUGCCACUGCAUCCCAGCAAGAAAUCGUGCGCGAGGGUCGUGGUACUAUGACGCGAACCGCUUUCUACAAGAAGCACAACCGAUGGACCGAAGGUCUCAUCAGCGCCGCCAAAGCUGUCGCGUCGUCGACCAACAUGCUCAUCGAGACAGCCGACGGAGUCAUCUCAGGCCGCAACUCUCCCGAACAGCUCAUUGUUGCAUCCAACGAUGUCGCUGCAUCCACUGCACAGCUGGUGGCUGCCAGCAGGGUCAAGGCAAGCUUCAUGAGCAAGACUCAAGAUAGACUGGAGACGGCGUCCAAGGCCGUGACGAGUGCCUGCCGAUCCCUUGUCCGGCAGGUGCAGGAGAUCAUUGCUGAAAAGAACGCUGGUGAGAACGAGGCUGUUGACUACACGAAGCUCAGUGACCACGAGUUCAAGGUGCGGCAGAUGGAGCAGCAGGUCGAAAUCCUGCAACUCGAAAACGCGCUCUCUGCGGCCCGGACUAGGCUGGGUGAGAUGCGGAAGCUGUCUUACCUCGAGGAGUAG